AUGUAUAAUUGCAGCGCUAGGACUCCAGAUCAAUGGACCCUUGAAACUGGGGAACCUCCACCAAUAAUUGGUCCCCUACAAGUUGCGUAUGGAAUUAUCGUAUUGAUAUUUUACAUUCCGAUUGCAUUAAUCAUGCUCGAGAAGGAAAAUUAUAAAUUGACAUCGUUUAAAAUUAUGUUCCGAUUGGCACUUGCUGACAUUAUUGUCAUUGCCAUAAACUCCAUACUUACGGGAAUUCUAGCUUUCAAAGGAGCAGUGUAUUGCACAUAUCCAACUUUAAUAUAAUAUCCAACUUUAAUACCGACUUUAAUAUCUGGCUCAAUUGCCAUGAGCCUCUGGUGUCUGUCUUGUUUGACAUCAUUAAUUCUUGUUUGCAAUCGGCUUCUGAUUUUCUUCAAACCAAAAAUUGAAGCAUUACUAUUUGAAGGGAAAAAAACGUUUAUUAUUCUGGGGUUUUCACUUGUCUAUGGUGGUUAUUUCCUGUUCACCACACCUCAUGUCUACAAUUCUAAACGCCUUGCAUGGUUUUUCGAUCCGAUGAUUUUUCCUAAUAGGAUACAUGAUUAUGAUAAUACUUCACAUGCUAUCAAUAAUUUUUCAAUUGUGGCAAUUACAUGCGUUAUGUACAUCCCAUUUUAUAAAAUUGUCAGACAAAAUCUCAACGACGCUCAAUCACUGUCAAAGCUUCAAAAUGUGGUAAGUUAA